UGUCCGAGUACUAGAACGCGCCCAAAUACCAUUGUAUAAGUGGCAACAUUCAAUGUUGUCUCUUCGUUUCCCACAGCCCAGGGUAAGCCACAGCAGGUAAGUUGCGCAUUUUUGAGGGGUUGUCACCACGGUUACGGUAACUCAUGGUAAGAUCUUGCUCGGAGGCCGCUGAAUAUCUAAGGUCAGAAGGACUUCGGUUGGACUCGUGUGUCUCUGCAGCGGACUAAACUGUGCGGUGGAAAACAUCAACUUUGCCCGGGAGGACGUCACAGAUGAUCAGAUAAGAUGUCUUGGCAGCCGAUGGUAUCGCUCCAUGUUCCCGCAGUCCCAUCGCCUGACCCGACCCCUGCAACACCGUGCGCUCUUGCGGGGGCUUCAUAGUCUACCAUGUCUACAUCAGUAAAACAGAUGGGCACAUCUGUCUUACAUACCCGGCAGGGCUCCAUUCCUGCUGCCUAGAUUCUUUUCCUUGUUCUUUCAUCCUCUACAACUUGUCAGCUAUGAAGCCGGCUACGAUAGCAAGCACCCUCCUGUCUUGCUGCGCUGUAGCUGCAGCUGCAGCAGCCGUUUCCCCCUCCGACCACGAGCUCCGCAUCCCGACGUCUUAUGAAUCCGCAGUUCUCGGCCGCCGCAUCCUCGCUCUCACUCCACUUGGCACCAUCUCGACCGUCUUUCCCCAAGACAAGCCCAGCCGAAAUGACGUCGCAGCUGAGGCGAGGCGCCCCGCCGGGCUCGACGGCAUGCCCUACGGCCUGAUGGAGUACAUCUCCGACUGCGAGGACGACGAAUUGGGCAACCCGACCAUCCUGGCCAUCACCAUCGGGACGACCUUCAAAAACGUCGUGGCGGGGAGUAACGUGAGCUUGGCGGUACAAUGGACGCCGCCACACCCACCGGCAAAGCGGAUUGAGAGCACGCAGACCGGGAGAAGAAGACGAAGGAGCUGGCUUUCAUACUUUCUGAGCCUCGAAACAAACGAGGGACACCACGACGUGACCCCCCUGCCGUACUCCGCCGCCAAUCUCCCCCGCUUCUCGCUCAUCGGGCACCUCGAGCCUAUCAAGGGCGGCGACGACCGCCAAGGCGAUGUCGGCUCCAGGCUGGCGCGCUGCUUCGUCAAGACGCACCCAGACGCCAGAUACUGGCUCCCCGGCAAUCAUAUCCACGAAGCCCACUUUGUGCGGCUUGUCGUCGAGCAGAUCUACUGGGUUGGUGGGUUUGGCGAUCGCGCCUUCAUUGGUUGGAUCCCCGUCGAGGAGUGGCAAAAAGUCACCCGGGACGAAUGGCAGAAGGCCCGGUUGCCGGGCGAGAAGAAAGGAUGGAAAGAGUGGUCAGUCUGGGAAGACCUGUAGCUAGCCUUUGCGUGUCAGUGAUAUGAGAUCACGGUAGGACCCUCAUCCAAGACUGCAGAAGGGGUCGUAUUUUCCCACAUCUCCUAUCACCA